AUGUAUCACCAUAAAUCUGGAUCUCAGAAACGCAAGCAGAAGCGAGAGAGAGAGCAAGAAGAUGAAAGGAUGAAAAACAAGAAACCAUUGCUCCAGUUCUUCAAAAAAUCAAGUGACCGUGAUGCAGGGGAAGAUUGUGUGGAUGCUGGCAAAGUCUCUUCUGGAAUAGUGGAACAGGACAAUUUUUGCAACACUGGAGCAAUUGACAGUACGUCUUCAAACAGUGUUUCCUGUAACAAGACUUCCAGUCCCACUACUUGUGCAGAAGUUGAAGAAAGUGCUUCCUGCCGCAUCUCUAAUGUUACCGAAGUCACAUUGAUAGAAGAAGGUAUGUCAUGUAGUCUGUCAAGCAUCGGUGCCAGUGAGUCCUUUGAAAGUCUUGGAAGUUUAGAAGGUGUAAACUGGAAAGACCCUGCAUUUUGGCCAGACACUCUGAGAAGUAAAGCUAGAGAGUGCAUUGUUCUUGCUGGAUUAAUGAGUGAAGAAGAGCUGUUGAAAACGGUGCAGUAUUUGCCCAAGGAUUGUGACGGCCAAGCCUUUAGUGAGUUUCACUUGUAUUCAAAAUCAUCAAAUGGACGUGAAAAGAUCCUAAGGGAUUGGCUUAGAUGGAGUGAUGGUAAGAAAGCCUUGUACUGUACACCGUGUCUUGCUUUUUCAUCAGACUCUAGCAGUAAGACAGGAAGUGUCCUGUGCAAGAAGGAAGGGUUUGAUCCAACAAAAUCAAAGUGGCACAAAUUGUACAAAAAAUUACCAGAACAGGAACAUUCUGCGCAGCACAGGAAGAACUACUGGAGCUGGAGAUGUCUUCAGAAGUCUAUGGGUGGACAUGGUGUUGACAAUGACAUGCAAAGAACUUUGGCAAGGGAAGCUGAAAAAUUCACAGUGCUCCUGGAGAGGCUUCUUGAUGUAACACUAUUUCUUGCUUCAAGGAAUUUGGCAUUCAGAGGUAGUUCACAAAGAAUUGGAGACAUACACAAUGGGAAUUUUCUUGGUAUUCUAGAGCUCGUUAGUCAUUAUGAUGCUGAACUAAGAGAACAUCUGGACAAAGUUAAGAGAAGCCAAGAAAAAGGAAAAAAGCUUCCUGCUCACUAUUUAUCAUGGGGGACCCAGAAUGAAUUCAUAAACCUGUGUGGACAACAUGUUCUGAAUGCCAUACUAUCUGAAAGGCAAGAGGCUAUCUACUUUUCCCUGAUAUGCGAUGCAUCACCAGAUAUUUCUCACACCGAACAAAAUGUCAUUGUUCUUCGCUACGUUCACAGAGACUCUCGGAGUGGAAAUUGGUGCAUUCAAGAAAGAUUUCUUGAAUUUUUUGAUUUUUUUCAGAAGACUGGAGAUGAAAUUGCAGGAAUGAUAACAUCAAGAAUGCGUGAUCACAAUAUUGACCUUAAAGACUGCAGAGGGCAAGGGUAUGAUAAUGGAGCCAACAUGUCUGGAAGAAUUAAAGGAGUAAAAUCCAGAAUCCAGGAGAGGUAUCCAGAAGCUAUGUUUUGCCCCUGUGCUGCACACUCAUUAAACCUUGUUGGUGUACAUGCAGCAUCCAGCUGUCCAGAAGUAAAGACCUUUUUUGGAAGUGUGAACAGACUGUACAUUCUGUUUAGUAACAGCCCUGAAAGGUGGCAUACCCUGACUGAGGAAAUUGCAGGUUCACUGCAUGGUCUAAGUGACACAAGGUGGAGUUCAAGAGUUGAAGCAGUUCGUCCUGUUGCUAAGAAACUCCCAAGCAUUCUUCGAGCUCUUGAAAAGGUAAUUUCCUCUAGAAGGCUUACAAAUGAUGCACAUUCAGAGGCUGUGGGACUUUAUAACUAUUUUUCAUUUUUCCGUGCCAUUCUACUUGCAACAUUUUGGCUGAAAGUCCUACAGUGUUUUGAUGAGAGGAACAAAAUUCUGCAGUCACGGUCAGUUUCCAUGGAAAUUGGAGCUGCAAAUAUUCGAGCACUUGCAGAAGAAAUUAAAUCUCUUCGUGAAAAGUGGCCUGCUCUACUCUCAGAGGCUAGAUUGGUUGCUGAUGGCAUGGAGAUUCCGGCAGAACUAAUGAACGCUCAACAGCUUCGCCGAAAGAAGUCACAGGGCCCUGGUGAACUUCAAGAUCCGGAAAAUGUUUUCAAGGUCAAUGUUUUUCUUGUGACACUAGAUACCAUCGUUUCUGACCUAGAUCAGCGAUUUAAAUCAAUGGAGGAAGUCUGCUGUUUAUUUGCCCCAAUAUUGAAGUUGAGAAAGAUAGCAGAAGAUGAUCUUGAAACAUCAACCAAGUUGCUGAUUUCAAAAUACCCUCAAGAUCUUACAGACUCCUUACUGGAUGAAUUGAAGCAUCUCAGAAAGGUCUACAGUGAAACAUUUGAAGGGUUCUUGGGUCCACUGGAAUUGUUAAAUUCUAUUUAUGACCUGCAGCUUGAAGGCAUUUUUGGAGAGGUUUGUGUUGCCCUUCGGAUUUUUAUUACACUUCCUUUGUCAGUUGCUGAAGGGGAGAGAGCAUUCAGCAAAUUGUCCUUGAUAAAAAACUAUCUACGGUCAACAAUGAACGAACAGAGACUGAAUAGCCUUGCAAUGCUCUCCAUAGAACACGAACUUGCAAAUAAGCUGGAUUUCAAAGAGCUUAUUAAAGAUUUUGCAAGAAGUAAAGUAAGAAGACUUUGA